UAAAUCCGACGGGUUCUAUUGCAAGUGAUUAAGCUGGUGCUGCAGAACGGAGGUGGGAGAAGCAGCAGAAGAAGAGGGUGAAAACAAUGGAAGCGGCUAGGAUGAAGGUGAUGGGGUUCUUAGGGAAUAAAGAUAACAUCAUGAACUUGCUCCUUGCGGGAGCCUUUGCAGCGCUUUCAUGGCGGUCUUAUCAGCAGCAGAGGGAGAUCGACGAGCUCGAGGCGGAGAAAUUGGUUCUGCGAAGUGGCAACACGGCCAUGUCUUCCACCAUGUGGGCAUGGCGCGAGCAUCUCUUCCACCUCGCAGAAGCCGAUCCAUCAUCCGCCCCCAUUCCACUCGCUCGCCUCCGCGCCAUUUACGGUGAGGAGGAAAAGAUCCCCGAUGUCACGAAUUCUAAGUUGGACGGAGAUAUCCGUAUCG